AUGGUAGGUACUGAAAAGGAGACAAGCUACAUCGAAGACAACUCCAAUCAAAAUGGUGCUGUAUCCUUGAUCUUUUCUCUCAAAGAAGAAGUUGGUGCCCUGGCCAAAGUCUUGCGCUUAUUUGAGGAGAAUGAUAUCAACCUGACCCAUAUUGAAUCCAGACCUUCCCGCUUAAAGAAAGAUGAAUAUGAAUUUUUCACCUACCUGGAUAAACGCAGCUUGCCCACCCUGACAAACAUCAUCAAGAUCUUGAGGCAUGAAAUUGGUGCCACGGUCCAUGAGCUUUCCCGAGAUAAGCAAAAAGACACAGUGCCCUGGUUCCCGAGAUCCAUCCAAGAACUGGACAGAUUUGCCAAUCAGAUCCUCAGCUAUGGAGCAGAACUGGAUGCUGACCACCCUGGUUUUACAGAUCCUGUAUACCGUGCCAGACGGAAGCAGUUUGCUGACAUUGCCUACAACUACCGACAUGGACAGCCCAUCCCACGGGUGGAAUAUACGGAGGAAGAGAAGAAGACCUGGGGCACGGUGUUCAGGACCCUGAAGUCCUUGUACAAAACCCAUGCUUGCUAUGAACAUAAUCACAUUUUCCCACUUCUGGAAAAGUACUGUGGCUUCCGUGAGGACAACAUUCCCCAGCUGGAAGAGGUUUCCCAGUUUCUGCAGUCUUGCACUGGUUUCCGCCUCCGACCUGUCGCUGGGCUUCUUUCCUCUCGGGACUUCUUGGGUGGCCUGGCCUUCCGAGUCUUCCACAGCACCCAGUACAUCAGACAUGGGUCCAAGCCCAUGUAUACACCCGAACCUGACAUCUGCCACGAGCUGUUGGGACACGUGCCCUUGUUUUCAGAUCGCAGCUUUGCCCAGUUUUCCCAGGAAAUUGGCCUCGCCUCGCUCGGUGCACCUGAUGAUUAUGUUGAGAAACUCGCCACAAUUUACUGGUUUACUGUGGAGUUUGGGCUCUGCAAACAAGGAGACUCCAUAAAGGCAUAUGGUGCUGGGCUCCUGUCAUCCUUUGGUGAAUUACAGUACUGCUUGUCUGACAAACCGAAGCUCCUGCCCCUGGACCUGGAGAAGACCGCUGUCCAGGAUUAUACCGUCACAGAGUUCCAGCCUCUGUACUAUGUGGCUGAGAGUUUCAAUGAUGCCAAGGAGAAAGUGAGAAACUUUGCUGCUACGAUCCCACGGCCCUUCUCUGUGCGUUAUGAUCCGUACACCCAGCGGAUUGAGGUCCUGGACAACACCCAGCAGCUGAAGAUUCUGGCUGACUCCAUCAACAGUGAAGUUGAAAUCCUUUGCAGUGCCCUCCAGAAAAUAAAGUAAAGUCAUGGAAAACCAACUACUUUCAUCUGAGAAAGUCUGAAAGACAACCUUAAUUGGAAACGACAGUCUUAAAUCCUUUCUGGAACUAGAUGGAGGAUCAGCAAAUAAAAGAACCUGAAAUGACAUCUUAAUAAUAAAUACCCAAAACCAAAAUGUUGGAUUUUUGGGGGUCAUAUUUGAUUUUGAGGUGAUAAUCUCCUAUUUUCAAUUGACUUAAAUGCAACAAUCUAUCACACUUCAUCUCGGUUAAUUAAAAUCUGGGAUCUGCUUCAUUCAAGCUUCAAAAUGCUUUUGUUAUUUACGAUAGAGAAUUACUGUAGGAGUGAGUAUAUAUCACUCAAUGCAAAACAAUCUUGUUAUUACAAUUAAAUUUUGGGGUUUCAUAUGGAUCUUAACCUACAAAGGCCAUUUUCUAUUUCUGCUAACUGUAAUUCUGUUCUUUUGUCUAUGUAGAUUUCUUUAAUUCAGGAGCCUGUUAAAAUUUCUAUAAACAUUAAAGUUCAUGGUAUAAUACUGAAACAUUUUUGUAUGUUUUAUUAUAAUCAUAAAUGCUGCUGUGGAGACCAAUAAAUUCUCCACCUGAGUUGUCCAACUUCCAGUGUCAUUUAUCAAUUAAUUUGUUAGAUCUGUUUUGGGACAUGUUAUAAAGACACUUAGGGUGAAAUAGAUAUUAACCAAAGGCCUGAUUGAGAGAUAUCCAGUAAAUAGUCAUUGAAUUAAGGACUACAUUAUUACUGAGAAAAUCCUCA